AUGGCGUCAGUAGUGCUGCCGCCAUGUCCGCGCCAUUCCCGCCAUGGCGCGCUGCUCGCGGCUCCACCCGCCAGUCCUCUCCGCGUCUCUUUCACAUCCUCGCCGCCACGCCACCGCGCAAGGCUGUCACUCUGCUGUCUGCGUUGCACCGCCACCCGACGGCCGCACGCCCACGAGGAGUGGAGCGGGACUAACGCAGCGGUUGCGGGGCCGUUGCGCGCUGCGGCGCAUGGCUGUGGCGGCGAGCACAAGGGGUGGAUGGCGCGGCCCGCAGCGGCGGAGAGUGACCGCCACACACGAGGCGGGCCGUGGGGAUCCACCCGUCGCCUUGCCUUGGCCGCAGGCUACAGCGCGCGGCGAGCGUCGGGCUUUCCCCUGCAUUCCGCGCAUCGCCUUCGCGCCCGCUGCCGGCUGCAGGUGGCAGUACGCGCAUUUUCUCCGCGCGCGCCCUUGACGUCGCGGUUACGCCGCACAGCCCUCGGCUGGCCGCCACCACAGUGGCGGCGGUGUGCGCCGGGAAUAACCGCCGCGGCGCUGCGGGCUGACCUGCUGGCGCAGGCGUGGCGGACGCAGGGCAGCGCGCAGACGCAAGCCGUGGGCGCGGAUGGCGCCAUACGCAAUGGCCAGGGGAUAGGGUUCUGGCGGGCGGACGAUGCGGGCGCCUCUGGGUGGCGCGGCGGCGGGGAUGAGGCGCGAGACGAGCAGCGGGCGGGAUGGCAGGCGGAGGGGCAAGCAGGCGCGGCGGAAUCGGGGGAGAGCGAGGCGGAGAAGGAGAAGCGGAGGCGAGGGCGCAUCAGCGAGGCAAACAAGGGGAAAGUGCCGUGGAACAAGGGCAGGCAGUGGAGCGCAGAGGUUCGUGCGAAGAUUCGCGAGAGAACGAAGCAAGCAAUGAGUAACCCCGAGGUGCGCGAGCGGCUUCGCGACCACGGCCAUACGCAAAGCGCGGAGACGCGGUCGCUGAUUCGCGAGCGCAUGCGCGCGGCGUGGCAGCGGAAGAAGCAGGAGCGCCUGGCGGCGCAGGCGCUGCUGGCGGAGUGGCAGGGGGAGCUGGCGGCGGCCGCGCAGGUGGGGCUGGCGGGCGACCGCGUGCUGGUGCGGUGCGGCAACGGGCGCGUGGUGUACGCGGACGAGAGCGAGGAGCACCGGCGGCGCAUAUCGGAAGCCAUCAAAGCCAAGUGGGCCGACCCCGCGUACCGCAGCAAUGUGGCGCGCGGCAUGAAGAGCGUGCAGCGCGCCCACUCUCCCGCCCACCCCACUUCGCCUGCGCCCGCGCCUGCUGCCGCGCCCAGGGCGGCGAGAGCGCGCAGGGCAGUGCGGGGGGGAGAGCGGGAGCGCAGAGAGACGACCAAGGACACGGCAGUGGCAGCAGCAGCGGCGGGGGGGCAAGGGGCGGAGGGGGGAGGCGAGGGCGGGGAGGGAGCAGCGGGGCGCAGUGCGGAGGAGGCGGUGGUGGCGCAGGCGGACGAGGCGUUCGUGCAGGCCGUGAUGGCCGCGGAAAGCGCGCAGGCGCAGGGCGCGCAGGGCGGCCAGGGCGCAGCGCAGCAGAGCGCAGAGCAGGCGCAGGGGGAUGGGGGGGUCGUGCGGUUCAAGCGCGUGCUCAUCGUGCGACAGACAGGCGGUAGUGCGGGGGAGGAAGAGGCGAGGGGUGCGAACGGCGAGGAGAGAGUCGAGGAGAGUACAGAGGUGGCUGUGCGUGUGGGUGUGCUAGGUGAAGGUGGCUUGCAAGGGGGAGAGGAAGCCAAGGGGCACGAGGAAAGGGAGGAGAAAGAGGAGGGAGAAGGAGGGGAGGAAGAGGAAGUGGAGAGCGAUGUGGAGGACAUCAAGACUCUAGUGGAGGCGAGUGCGCAGAGUGGAUGGCGGUUCAGUGCUGGGGACCGCAGGCAGGUGAAAGAGGGGAGUGAGAGUGAUGGUGGUGCAGGGCAGGGCAGUGUGAGUGGUGCGAUGCAUGGGGUAGGGGAGACAGGCAAUGGCGCGGCGGUGAGGCAUCAUCAUGUGCCGUCCUCUGCUGCACCCGUGCCCUCGCUGCUCCCACUCGCACCCACCACCAACCAAAGGCGGCUAGCUCGCCAGCUCAUAGCAAGGCGGCGCCGACAGCUGGCGGAGAGGGCAAGGGUGCUGAUGCAGGAGGCACAGAGUGCAGCGCAGUCGCUGGAGGCGCUGGCAGCGCGGGACGCCACGGCCAUGGCAUCGCUGCUGGAGACACGGCGCCUGCUGGAGCAGGCAGGCCGCGCCGUGGCCCGCGCUGAGAGGACGCCCACGCUGCCCCUCAGGCCCAAGGGCACGCAGGAAGGGGGAGCGGCGCAUGGAGUGCCUGGGGGGGACUGGCGCAGUGGGGCGAGUGGCAGUGGCAGCGCUGCUUGGACGCAAGCUGGCGCCAUGCCAGGACGUGGCGGUGAUGGGGGGCAGGCAGGGGGGCAGGUACGAGGAGCAGAGUCGGAGGCAGAGCAGGCAGGGGCAGGGAAUGGCGCCGUGCGGAGUGCUUACCCCGAUGCAGUGAGUGAGAGGGUAUUGGGGAGUAUGGGAGGGGUAGUUGGGAGUGAGUGGCAAAGGGGCCAAGCGGGCAGCAGCAGCAGCGCCGCACAGGGCAAGUGGGUUGAAUCUGGAGGGGAAGAUGAGCGCAGGGGUGCGGGUGGUAGUGUGGAGUGGGUGGCAGUGAAUGGGGCGCGGAUAAGUGCAGGUGCAGCACAGGGGUCAGGGCAGGAGGGGCGGGUGGAGUUGCAGGGUGCAGAGUCAAGUGCGGGGGUGAGGGAGGCUGUGGUGGAGACGCCUCCAGGUGGUGAGGCAGGGCGGCUGAAUGGCAGGGCGGGACGGGGGGACAGUGCAGGUGAACAGGGGGGGGAAGCAGGGAAGAGAUGA